GUGCUGCAGGUUGCAGCCGCGCGGUCAUUUGCUCCGGUGAUCGAGAGGCGGGCUGCGCGCGGAGGCCCGGAUGCAGUGGCCAUCGUCGGGCUGUUUGUUAACGGACGAGGCCGCGGGGGCGGCGGCCAAAGGUCGGUCAGUCAGUCGCUCGCUCGCUCGCACUGUCUAUCGGUCUAUUAACUGGCGGCUGAGGCGAGAAGAAGCCGAGAUAAGCUUAAUCAUCCGUGAAUAGAUUGGGACUCGUUCGUCAUGACAACGGAAGCCCCCAUCCCUGGCAACGCCAAGCCUCACGCCCCUGCGCAUCAAAACUAUUUUUGGCUCCGCUCCUUCGUAGCAGGAGGUGUUGCAGGAUGUUGUGCAAAGUCAACUAUCGCCCCCUUGGACAGAGUGAAGAUUUUACUACAGGCUCACAACCGUCACUACAAUCACCUUGGAGUGUUUUCUGCUCUUUGCGCUGUGCCAAAGAAAGAAGGCUUCCUUGGAUUGUAUAAAGGUAACGGAGCUAUGAUGGUCAGGAUCUUUCCAUACGGCGCCAUUCAGUUCACUGCAUUCGACAGAUACAGAAAGAUUUUGAUCAACAAACUAGGUAUUGCUGGGCACAUUCACCGAUUAAUGGCCGGAGCCAUGGCAGGGAUUACUGCAGUGAUAUGCACCUAUCCGCUGGAUAUGAUCCGAGCACGUCUGGCCUUCCAGGUAAAGGGUGAGCACAGGUACGCUGGAAUCAUUGAUGCUUUCAGAGUUAUUUAUGCACAGGAAGGAGGAUAUCGAGGAUUUUACAGAGGCCUGACUCCUACUAUCAUUGGCAUGGCUCCUUAUGCUGGUAUUUCCUUCUUCACAUUUGGCACCUUGAAGAGUAUUGGACUCAGCCAUGCCCCUGGUGUGCUGGGAAGGCCUUCUUCUGACAAUCCCGAUGUCAUGGUAUUAAAAUCCCACGUGAAUCUGAUGUGUGGUGGAAUAGCAGGAGCGUUUGCCCAAACAAUAUCGUACCCACUAGACGUGGCUCGACGGCGAAUGCAAUUGGGUUCCGCUUUGGCUGAGGCUGACAAAUAUGUGACAAUGUCCAAGACUCUGAGAUAUGUCUACGAUCAACAUGGCUUACGGAGGGGCCUGUACCGAGGCCUCACUCUCAAUUACAUCCGCUGUAUCCCCUCGCAGGCUGUGGCCUUUACCACCUACGAACUGAUGAGGCAGGCUCUUCACCUCAACUGAGGGACCAUCGAGUUCAUCGUCACAACCACCACGUAUCAAUCAUGAGAAGAUUUGCCUCUGCUGACUGUUCCGACCGUCUUUGGAGACGAUUAUUUAUUUAAUGAAGUGACUGUGAUUCGGGUUUGAAGAUCGGCAUCACUGUGCUUCGGCCAAGAUUUUGCUUUUGGACGGUCCUUCAGAAUUACGCCACGGGUUCUUUAAUGUCAUUUCAAAAGAGCUGAAGGGCCUCGGUAGAACCAUCAUUAGACGGGUGGCCCCUUUGACCGUGCCGCACUGAAGUGCCGGCCAAAGAAUUUAGCUUCCGUUCUCCCCCGGUAAGCCACACUUCAAAAUCUAUCAACUCGGGCAAGAGUGCUGCCAAUUGGACUGCACCUGCUGAACCACAUGCGAGUCUGGCCCUGUGCAUAGACACGAUGGCGUCCGUUAACUGAGAUACAACCGCCACAUCCACCCUCCACAAGCUUUCAGCUGUGAGGAAACCAUUCAAACCCAACUUAAGGGAAAGAUCCUUUGUAUCUACUGUUCAGAGCAUUUCACUGCAUCUAGAGAUGUGCACCUUCCAUAAGCUUCCAGCUCUGAGGAAACCAUCCUUCAGCCCAACUUAAGGAGAAGACCCUUUGUAUCUCCUGUUCAUAACAUUUCACUGCACCUACACCUUCCAUAAGCUUCCCGUUCAUAGCAUUUCACUGCAUCUACAGACGUAUGUGCACCUGUCGAGACAUUGACUUGAAAAUAACUUGUCGAGAAAUUGACUUGAAGUUCGACUUAACUGAAACUUCUCUACAUAAAAUGAAGUAUUGCUGAAGUGGUCGCUGGUUUAGGACAUGCCCGUUUCCUCCACUGCCAACAGGGGUCGGAGCUAUUUGGGGAAACGCGAGACCGUUGUUAUUUACUCGCAGAAGAUCUGGGACCAGCUCAACCAGCAGGGUUUGGAAAUGAGGGCUGGCAGUCCACGGGUCUGCAGAGUCUCGUCAACGCCUGGCCACGACUGGCGCCGAGUCCAUCGCUAAACGCCGCACAUGCUCAAGACCACCAAAACCAUCACAUUUCUCGGCAUUUAUUUCUUGUAAUCUUCAACUGCAGUAAAUCCUUGUGAACAUUU